AAAUUUGCAUGUUGUUCAAAAAACUCGCAUGUUACAAAGUUGCUACCUCACCACCGACCAAAACAUGAACUAGUGGGAAGGCAAAAAAGGUUAGAGAAAUAUGUAAACGAGUACUAAAAUGCGGUCGCGUCUCGUGUCGUCUAUUCGUAUUCCGUUGACCCCUCUCUGCAAAGCAGGUUGAUCUGACCUUUAAUUAAACAAACUGCUUUCUCCGGGUCUGCUACUGAUACAAUCACCGUCGUUUCCAUGGCCACCCCCGCGGAUGCUCAAGACCAACCAGACCCUAACGAAAACCCUAAUCCCGCUAUACCCCAGCAGCAAGAAGAAUCUUCUAAAACCCUAAUCUUAGAAACCCUUCAAGCACAAGACCAAUGCAAUGAUCAAGAAGACCCAAUCGAAGAAGAAGGUAACCAAGACGAUCCAGAUUUGCCUGUUCCCUCAUCUCCACCAAACACUGACCUCCAAGUCACCACCGCAGCCACUGUCACCGUUGGCCCUCGCCGUGGCGGCGGUACUAAACGCAAGAAGACGGCCACGAAACGGCGCUCAGAGAAAAAGUCCCAGAAGAAGCUGGAGAUACUGACUGAAACCCUCAAGCCCAUUCCUUUUAUCCCCAACAAAACCCUAGAUUUCUCAUCGCACGAAAAGCUCCUGAAGCGACUAGGGUUGUGGGAUUUUGUUCAUUUGGAUUUCGAUGGAAGCGUGCGAAGCGAUUUGAUCGGGCAGUUGAUCGCCACUUACAACUCGCAAUCGCGUUGUAGCUACGUUAAUGGGUGUCGCAUUGGGGUUAAUCGGGCCGACUUAGCCCGUGCUUUGAAGUUGUCUGUGAAGAAGGAGAAGGACAAGGAUAGCAUUGUGGAAGUUAAAGAAUCAAAGGAAUCGAUAUGCUUCGUUGAGGAAUUUGUGUCAAAUUGGGUGCUUUUGCACGAAGAUACGUGGAUGAUGCCAGUGGAGGUGUUGAACUGGACCAAAAUGAUUAAAGAAGGCCAUUUCGAGAAGGUAGAUUGGGCUGCUUUGAUCUGGUUUAUGGUGGAAAAAGAGCUUAUGGCUGCCCCUAAACUAGGAAAUUGUUACUAUGCCUCGCAUAUGCAGUGUUUGAUAAAAUUCCAGAGAGAAGAGUUGUUGCAGGAGGAACCAAAAAUGGAUGUUGAUGAUGUCAAGGAGGAAGAGGAAGAGCCUAAUAUUCAUGGGGAUGUCAAGAUCGCUGCUGAUGGGAUUGAUGAAUUUAAUGGGGGAUCACACUUGGAGGAGCAUAAUAUUGAGUUGAGUCUUGGUGGGCAGGAUAAUUCGAUGAAUAAAGAUGAUGUUAAGGAUGAUGUUGAAAAGGAGGCUGUUGGGGAUGAAGAUGCUAUGAAUUGUGAGGAAAGUAAAGGGGAGAACAUCAACUUUGGUGGAUUUGGAUGGAGACAGCUAUAUGGGUGUGGGUGGGGAUCAUUUCUUACGAAAAGUAAAGAGGAAGAGGAAGAAGAGGAACAAGAACCACAUCAUGAUGAAGGAUUUCCUAUUUCACCUAAAGGUGACACUUUGGAGGUUGUAAAUUCAACAAAUCUUCUUGAAGCAAUGGAAACUGCUGAUCUUCCUUUUACAACAGGGCUGCACAUUCGUGAUAAUUCAUCGGGUGAUUUUCUUGUGUCUAGGGGUGAUAGUCAGACGGUUCCUGGUGUCUCAUCAUUUCUGAGUAAUGGUAACAAGAGAGAGAUUGGUCCCGAUAAUGAUUUUUCUCAUCAUUCUUUGAAUGGGAGUAAUAAACGGUUGAGAACUGAUGGGCAAUGGGUUGAUAAGUCAUCUGAUUUUGAUAUGUGCAUGGAGCAAAUGCAGCAUUGGAUUGGUAAAGCAAGAAUGUUGUAUGCUGCAAAAGAACAGGCAUGUGGAGAUUCGAGUAUGCAUCAACAAAUGUUGCUUGAUGAGUUGCAACGUAGGGAAAGCAUUAUUGAACAUUUGCAUAAGGCCAAGUAUGAAGAGCAGCACAAGAGACAGGUGGAGGUUUAUAGGCUUGAGCGUGAGCUCUAUAUGAUGGAAAAUCUGUUAGAUGGAUACAGAAAGGCUUUGAAAGAAACAAACCGAGCUUUCACUGAAUACAGGGCACGUUGUCCGCUUCCUGAUGAACCACUUUACAAGGAUGUUAGCGGGUCUGGGGGGCUAGUUCUGAGCACUAUGGAACUUGAAAAGCAGCGUCUAAAACAAGAAGAAGAAGAGAGGCUUAACAGACUGUUUAUUGAGAAAAAGAUUAAGGACUUUGAAGCAGGGUGGAUUGGCAAAUUUGAUGUACAUGAGGAUACAGUUUCUCUGCUGGGUAAGAGAUUGACUAAUGCUGAGAAGGAUGCGAAACUUCUCAAGGAGCGUUUUGCAAAUCGCAAGGUCUCAGAUGCUUCAGAAUGUGUUCCAAAUGAAUUGUGAAUGUAUAGUCCGUAAGUUGUCAUUAUGCUUUCUAUGCAAAUGAAAAACUACUCUUAUUUGUAUGUUAAACAACAUGCUUCAUGUGCAGCAUCUGCUUUGUGCAUGAUGGAGUCCUUAAUUUUAAUUGGAUAUUUGCCUUGAAACCCUGAAA